AUGUCACAACAGCUGGACAAGCUACAAAGAGACAUGAGCAUUGUUCAAGCUUAUAUUGAUCUUCGUGACAGCUACGAAGCGUCGAUCGAUAGGUCUAGACCAAUAUCGAUCGACAGCGAGCCACCACCAGCGAAGAGAGUAUGCACUGCAGCAGAGGUUGAUGAUAUCAAAGAUCAGCUUUACGAAACUAUGAAUUCUAUGGAGGAAAGACUCAUCGAAAGAAGUGAUAACAUUGAAGAGACUCUCAAUGAACGAAUGUCGAAAAUCAACAAUCUUGAGUUUGCUGCCCUCAAUCUCUCCGGAGAUAAUUACCUCCAAUGGGCACUUGAUACCAAAAUUCUCUUGAGGUCCAAAAACCUUGGUGAUACUAUCACUGAAGACACUGAGCCGUCGGUCAAGGAUAAAUACCAGGCCAUUGUUAUCAUUCGCCAUCAUCUGGCUGAAGGUCUUAAAGAUCAGUAUCUCACUAUUGAGGAUCCUCUGGAACUUUGGACAGAGUUGAAAAACAGAUAUGAUCAUCAGAAAACUGUGAUCUUGCCAAAGGCCCUUUAUGAUUGGAGGAACCUAAGGAUCCAAGACUAUAAGUCUGUGGAAGAGUAUAACUCGGUUUUAUUCAAGAUAGUCUCUAAGUUGAAAUUGUGUGGAGAGACUGUCACUGAUGCUGACAUUGAGCUGAGACCACCUGGUGCUAAAGCAUUGCCUGAGGCACAUGCGGCCAUAGAGCCAAAAGAUGAGACUCCAAGAGAGUCAUACCGCGGUCGUAUGAGAGGCCGUGGAAGAUGGCAAGGAAGUAACCGUGGGUUUCAACCACGAGGUCGUGGAUCUCAGCCACGAGGCCGUGGAUUCCAACCACGAGACCAUCUUGGUCCUAGCCGAGGCCGAGGCUAUAGCCGAGGUCAUCAAGCUAGCCGUAGGUAUAAGUCCGACUUCAAAACCCAUGGCUCGACCAAAUCUCCUUGCUAUCGUUGUGGGAUGACCAAUCAUUGGGCUAACCGAUGCAAAACUCCCCAACAUCUUGUUAAACUCUACCAGGAGAGCAUGAAGGGAAAGAACCUUGUGGCAAAUUGGGUCCAACAUGAUGAUGAGAAUGAUCUGGACCAUGAGAAUGAUGACCUUCUUGGAUUUGAGACUUCUGAUUGCCUUAAAGAGGCCAAUUAA